GCGCUACAUCUUCUCCAUGGACGGCGAGCGGAAGCUGCACCUCGAGGAACUCGAGGACGGCGGCGCCUACGUCGUCUCGUCCUACAAGACGUUCAAGUCGGCGAGCUACGGCAAGAAGAGCGCGGCGUGGUACGCGGCGAGCAACGGCCCGGGCCCCGGGGGCGGCGGCGGCGGGGGCGGCUGGGCCAGCAAGCCGGCUCAGCCGCUCAGCCGCAAGGCCAGCCUCGCCGACGGAGACGUGCCCACCCCCGCCACCAACAGCAACGGCAAGCCCUCCUCCGGCCGCGUCAUCCGCAUCGUCAACAGCAUGGACCACACCGUGCAGUGUCGCGUGUUGCUGAACCUUCGCACGUCCCAACCGUUCGAAGAGGUGCUGGAGGACCUGGGACAGGUGCUAAAGAUGAUCGGCGCCAAGCGUAUGUACACCGUCUCCGGGCAGGAGGUGCGGAGCUUCUCGCAGCUGCGCAACGAGUUCGCGGAUGUGGACACGUUCUACCUGGGCUGCGGCGGGCGCGAGGUGGGCGGCUCUCCGCGGCGGUCGCGGUCGCGCGCCAACACGCACGGCGGCGGCGGCGCCAACCAGCUGAUGGUGCAGCAGGAGGCGGCGCGGCGCGCGCGCAGCAAGAGCCGGCAGGGCCGCGUGCCGCUGGCGCUGCCCGCCUGAGAUUACGUGCGUGUUGCAGUGUCCGACUACACGCUGCUGGAGGUGCUGAAGGAGGAGCCGAUCCGCGUGACGAUCCGCGGGAUGCGGCGCACCUUCUACCCGCCGCUGCACCACCCGCCCAGCGACACCGCGCCGCCCGAGAAGCGCCUCCAGCUCGCCUGGGUAUACGGGUACCGCGGCACGGACUCUCACCGGAACCUGUGGGUGCUGCCGACGGGGGAGAUGCUGUACUACGUGGCCGCCGUCGCCGUGCUCUACGACCGGGACGAGGACUGCCAGCGGCACUACACGGGGCACACCGAGGACAUCCUGUGCAUGGACCUGCACCCGUCCCGCGAGAUGGUGGCGUCCGGGCAGCGCGCGGGCCGCAGCCGCAAGACGCAAGCGCACAUCCGCAUCUGGAGCACCGAGACGCUGCUGACGCUCUACGUGUUCGGCAUGGGCGAACUCGAGGUGGCCGCUUCCGCCGUCGCCUUCUCGCAGCUCAACGGCGGCAGCUACGUCCUGGCGGUGGACGGCGGCCGCGAGCGCAUCCUCUCCGUGUGGCAGUGGCAGUGGGGGCACCUGCUCGGCAAAGUCGCCACGCUGCAAGACGACCUGACGGGAGCGGUGUUCCACCCGCUGGACGACAACCUGCUGAUCACCCACGGCAAGGGGCACCUCACCUUCUGGACACGCCGCAAGGAUGGUUUCUUCGAACGGACGGACAUCAUCAAACCGCCUUCAAGAACGAACAUUACCAGCAUUCAGUUCGAGCAAGAUGGUGAUGUCGUAACUGCAGAUGGAGAUGGAUUCAUCACCAUCUACUCCGUGGACAGUGACGGCGCUUAUUUCGUCAGGAUGGAAUUUGAGGCUCACACGAAAGGGAUCAGUUCGCUGAUUAUGCUUUCUGAAGGCACUUUGCUGUCCGGAGGAGAGAAAGACCGCAAAAUCAUAGCAUGGGACUCGCUGCAAAAUUACAAGAAGAUCACAGAAAGCAAGCUGCCGGAGUCCGCGGGUGGCGUGCGCAGCAUCUACCCUCAACGACCAGGACGCAACGACGGCAACAUCUACGUGGGCACCACACGCAACAACAUCAUGGAGGGAUCGCUGCAGAGGCGGUUUAAUCAGGUGGUGCUGGGACACUCACGGCAGCUGUGGGGCCUGGCUGUGCACCCGGACGACGAACUGUUCGCGACGGGCGGCCACGACAAGCUGGUGGCACUGUGGCGGCGCCACAAGCUGCUGUGGUCAGCGCAGGUGGCGUACGAGGUGGUGUCGCUGUGCUUCCACCCGUUCGGCGUGGCGCUAGCUGCGGGCAGCAGCGAGGGCUACCUCGUCGUGCUCAACGCCGACAACGGCGCGCCCGUCGCCAGCGUGCGAGUCUGCGGCAGCCCGCUCAACUGCGUCGGCUACAACCCAGCGGGAGAUGUUAUUGCUGUUGGCUCCCAGAAUGGCAGCAUCUACCUGUUCAGAGUGAGCCGAGAUGGAUUCUCCUACAAGAAGUCAAACAAGAUCCGGGGAGCGCAGCCACUUAUUCAGAUGGACUGGAGCACAGAUGGCAACUUCCUGCAGACUGUGACUGCUGAUUAUGACCUAACUUUCUGGGAUGUGAAAAGUUUGACACCAGAGAAGAGUGCUGUUGCCAUGAAAGAUGUGAAGUGGUACACUCAUAAUUCCACUGUUGGUUUCCUGGUUGCAGGAAUAUGGAACAACAGGUAUUAUCCUAUGACAUCCAUGAUUAUGACAGCAAACAGAUCAUCAGCACAUGACCUUUUGGUGUGUGGUGACUCAGAUGGUUACCUGCGGCUUUUCAGGUAUCCAUGCCUUAGUCCCAAAGCUGAAUAUAAUGAGGAAAAGGUAUACAGCAUGCAGAUAGCAGUUGCAAGAUUUCUCUUUAAUGACAAAAAUGUUGUUACUGUAGGAGGUACUGAUGCUGCAUUGAUGUUAUGGGAUGUUGUGGAUGAUUAGCAGUACAUUGUCUGGUAAACAAGAUUUACCACGAAGAAGGGGCAAAAAAUGCUUCUGCACACUGACCACUAAAUUUGGAUACAUAUAUGUUAUAUAAAAAAUUUUAUACUUUGUAUAUCAUGAAUCAUCAAUUUACUGUUAUGAAUGUAAAUAAUUAGAAAAAAAAUUGUAUUUCAGGAGGUAUAUUAUUGUAUUAGA